GCCCAUUUCCCUCACAUGCCAUCAUCACCUUCAAAACCCAGAAUCAAACCAAGUAUAUAUACAACACCAAUGGAAGUUGAAGUUGGAAGCAACACUAGUGCGCAUAAGAUUGGUUUCUCUCCAUGGUGGUCAGGGUUGAGCUCUUUGGUUGAGAGGAUGAAGGAGAUGGCGGUGGGGUUGUCGAAGAAGGUAAAGAAGAUCGUGAAGGACGAUCCGAGGAGGGUAGCGCACUGUUUUAAAGUUGGUUUGGCGCUCACGAUCGUGUCGAUCUUCUACUAUGUGACGCCGCUCUACGAAGGCUUAGGAGUGUCGACCAUGUGGGCCGUGCUCACCGUCGUUGUUGUCAUGGAAUACACCGUCGGUGGAACACUAAGCAAGGGGCUAAACAGAGCAUUCGCCACCCUACUCGCGGGCUCACUCGGCGUCGGCGCUCAUCAAAUCGCCGUUCUCUGCGGCGACAAAGGCGAGCCCAUACUCCUUGGCCUCUUCGUCUUCACCAUAGCUGCGGGGGCUACAUUCUCACGAUUCAUACCCGAGAUAAAGGCACGAUACGAUUACGGCGUGACGAUAUUUAUACUCACGUUUAGUCUCGUGGCCGUGUCGAGCUACCGAGUUGAGGAAUUGAUACAAAUGGCGCAUCAGAGGGUUUCGACCAUCGCCAUCGGCGUCGCCACAUGUCUCGGCACCACAGUUUUCGUGUUCCCUGUGUGGGCCGGAGAGGAUCUCCAUAAGCAAGUGGCAAACAACUUGGACAAGCUUGCCACCUUCCUCGAAGGAUUGGAAGCAGAAUGCUUCGGAGAAAAGGCUAGGUGCGAAAAUUUGGAGUCCAAAUCCUUCUUCCAAGUUUACAAAAGCGUCCUCAAUUCGAAGCCCAGCGAGGAUUCUUUGUUUAAUUUUGCAAAGUGGGAGCCUGGUCAUGGGCAAUUCGGAUUCCGUCACCCGUGGAAGCAAUACCAAAAGCUCGGAGCUCUCUCUCGUCAAUGCGCUUCUGCCAUGGACACACUUUCCUCCUACAUCACCACCUUUCCAAAAUCACAGGCGACAGCAACGGAUGUGGAGCUCCGCUUGCAGAUCCGAGCAGCGUGUGCGGAGAUGAGCUCCGAAUCCGCCAAGGCGCUGCGGGAGCUCUCCUCGGCGAUCCGUACCAUGACAGCGCCGGCCUCCGCUAAUCGCCACGUGGCAGCAUCCCUAGAGGCGGCGGCGAAUCUACGGAGCGCUCUGUCGGAGGACGUGGCCCUGUCCGAGAUCGUCCACCUGGCGAUGAUUUCGUCCCUCCUCGCCGAGUUGGUGUUGCGCACGGCCGGAAUCGCCGGUUCGGUCGAGGAGCUGGCGCGGCUCGCCGGUCCACCGUUAAACCGGUGGACGUUGGGGAAAAACCGGCUCAAGUGGCUAUUAAUGUUGAGGACUAAGGACUAAUAAAAGAAGCUAUAUAGUUUGAGAACUUACUUUUCCUAUAAAAAAGGAGCACUAUUAAUUUAAUUAUUAGUAUUAUGGAGGAACCACCGACUAAACGACUAAAUGUCUGGAAAUAGAAAAUACCGCAUGUAUAAUUAAUGUGGGUACGUACACUGGAGUUGUGCACAUAAAUGAUACUUAUGAAACUUUUGUAUGUUAAAGAAAUUAUUUUUUUGUGGAUUCAUGA